AACAUCUAAACUUGUUCUCAAUAUAUUCUGUGCGUGUGAAUUGGCUAGCAAACAAAAAAAGAAACGAAGAAAAUUCGAAUUUGAACAACCAUGGCUUACGGUUCUCAACUUACUUUGCUUUCGGGCGGCCAGUCCAUAAUCAUUCUCCUUAUCGUCAGCUUUUUAGCGUGGCGUUUUCGGGUCUGGUUCCGGCUGCGCCACAUUCCUGGGCCGUUGGGGGCCAGUUUGACUAACUUUGUUCGGAUGUCAUGGGUCUUCACAAAGAAAGCCCAUCUAAUUCAUCAGGAACUACACCAGAAAUAUGGCGAUGUGGUUCGAUUUGGCCCUAACAUGGUCUCUAUUAGUGACCCAGCCUCUAUCCAUAUAAUUUAUCCCAUGAGAAAGGGACUUGUAAAGAAUGACUUCUAUGUUCCAUUACGGCCCUACACCAGGAAUAGAGGCGCCAUUCCAAAUGUCUUUACGGCAUUGGAUGAGGAUCUGCAUAUGAAGCUCAAGUAUCCUGUGGCAUCUCUCUUCUCACUCUCAAACGUAUCGAAAUUUGAGGUACUCGUUGAUGAAGUCCUUUCCGUGAUAGACGAACAGCUAGAUCGUCGAUUCGCCAGUCAUGGCGAGAUAUUUGACUUGACUGAAUGGCUGCAAUUUUUUGCUUUUGAUGUUAUGGGAACAAUGACUUUUUCAAAACGAUACGGCUUCUUAGAAGAAGGAAAGGACGUUGGUGGGAUGCUGAAUGCCAUUGGUCAAUUCAUGAAGCAAGCUGCUCCGGUGAUGCAAAACCCGUGGUUGGAUAGGGUGUUAUAUAAGAACCGGAUUGCCGAUUCCCUCAAACGAACUCCAGGGAGCGAUAUCAUGAAGUUUGUCGUUGCGGCUAUCAACGAGCGACAGAAGUCGGCCAGUGAGGACGAGGACUUCACUAAGGCACGAAAGGGAAAGAACGAUUUCUUGGACGAAUACAUCAUAACACAGAAAAAAGAUUCAAACAUACCUCCUUGGUUCGUCACCGCCUGGACCAUCUCAAACGUCCUAGCUGGCUCGGACUCUGUUGGGACAGUCAUGAAGACUACCAUGUACAAUCUUCUGACAAAUCCUCGGACUCUCGAAAAAUUGCAUGCCGAGCUCGUCGCCGCUAACGUCUCACGUCCCCGUCCACGUUGGAGUGAGGUUCAUAACCUGCCGUACCUAGAUGCCGUUGUACAGGAAGCUCUCCGAGUCCACCCUCCCUUCGCGCUGCCAUUUGAACGAAUUGUCCCAGAAGGGGGGUUGCACAUUUCUGGUCAAUAUAUUCCAGCGAAUACAGUUAUUGGAGCAAGUCCAUACGUUGUAAAUCGCCAUAAACCCACAUAUGGUGAUGAUGCCGAACUCUGGCGGCCAGAGAGGUGGUUGGAGGGCGGUCCAGAGGUGCGAAAGAAACGGGACGACGGCUUACUUACUUUUGGGGCAGGACGGCGGAUAUGUCUGGGUAAACAUAUUGGAAUUUUUGAGGUCAAGAAACUCAUACCGUUCCUCGUCUUGAAUUACGAUAUAAGUAUCGUCAAACCCGAAACCUUCUUGGCUGAAAAUGAAUGGUUCUUUCGACAGUCCAAUCUUCUUGCUCAAAUUCGGAGAAGACCCCUCGAGUCGGUCGAACCCAACGUUUAAAGUUUAAUAGCACAUACGUUGAACAGUGACAACGGGGGAUAAGCGCCUAUAUAAAUAGUUGUCUCGACACGAGUUUGAACAGCAGCAAUCCUGUCUAUAUGGAAUGCCGCUAACCAAUUUCCAAACAACUCUUUUAUUACUACAUAACUUCUCCAAUCUAUUGCGGUCCAUUGAGGCAGUAGGUGAGGUCCCUUGACAGAAUUCUUGUCGCCGAUUCAAAGGUUGGAUACCCGUCAGUUCACAAAUUCAAUGUUACCAUCCCAUAACAAGGACAACCCCAGCAUCAUUAUAUAGAAUGAAGAUUUAGCUCUCGAAUGCCAUUAAUAUGUAUUCUGUUUUCA